AUGAACGCUGCUGGAGAUCAAAAUGGGAGCAAUCAGCACUCUGUCCUGCAUGGCCUUUCCAUGGAUGGCCCUUCGAUCCCUUGGGCAGAGAUCUUCUCCCGGCAUGAGACUGUUCUCUCGUCUCACCUCCAGAUGCUCGAUGAGGUAAAGGGUCAUGUCUCAGACGAUGAGGCUCUUCGGACUGUAUCCUCGAUGCUCAAUAAGACGAUUCAAGCAAUGAGUCAGCUCAAAUUUGUCCGCAAAUACACACAAACCUCCGAUAAUCCCUUUCAAUCCACCUCCACAACAUCCAAAACACGCGCCGCAGAGUCCCCAACCCCACAAUCCACGGACACAGAAUAUACGGCGCGUCGGAAGCGAUCUCGCACCGACAGGGAUUUGGAGCCUAGUGCCUCAGUCGACCCGGCCGAAGAGUCUCGUUCCUCUAAGCGCAAGCGCGACACACCUUCCUACCAACUUCCAAUCAAUCCGCCAGACUCCAACGAGACAGAAGACAUAUCCGAAGAGGUCCAGCGACGAUUACGCAUCAAGGAAGAGCAGCGCCGGAAGAAAGAAAAUUCACAACCUGAGAAGCGGAAACGGGACAGUAUGAUUUCGAACGAGAGUACAUCGCCCGGCCCAUCACGCCAUCGAAAGAAGCGACCCAGAGUGGGCGAUGAGCUGAGUAUGUCAGAAUUGGCCGGUGGUUCCGUAAAUGACGAGGGAAGAACAAAGAAGAUGAAAAAAGUGCGGUAG